AUGUCGGAUCUGAAUGCGAUCGAGAACGAAAGGGAAGCAAACCCGAGUGCUUCCGACGUGUUACGAGCAGCUGCACAUCAGUUAAUUGAUGACCUUGUGCAAAAUCCCACGGGUCGCCAGCGUAAUUUCAAUGAAGGGGGUUGUACUGUUGAGCAAUUCAAUCGUAUGCACCCUCCUUUAUUUGAUGGGAGAGGCGAUCCAACUUUGGCGGAGGAUUGGGUUCAGGACAUUGAGGAGAUUUUGCGAGUCCUAACUUGUACUGAGGAGCAAAAAGUGGCGUACGCCACAUUCAAGCUUACUGGGGAAGCGAAGAGGUGGUGGAUCUCUGAAAGAUCUAUCAGGGAAGCUGAGGGGACAGAGAUAGGAACCAUGACGGUACAUCAGUAUGCUGCUAGGUUUACUGAGUUAUCCCGUUUUGCUACUUAUUUGAUUCCCGAUGAGGAAAAGAAAGCACGCAAAUUUGAGCAAGGACUGAAUGAGAAACUGUACGUGCGUGUGGUGGGUUUCCAGAUUCGGAACUUCUCAGAAUUGGUGGAUAAAGCAACAGUUUUUGAAAGAACCCUUCAAAGAAGCGCUGCAAUGCAUGAACAGAGAAAAAGGACUACUCCUACUGGGUACCAGUCUGGCAUGGAUCAGGGACCAUGGAAAAAGAGGAAUGAGGGUAGUAGUUCAGGAAAAAGGCUGGUUCAGAGUAAUCAACAGCCCUACCAGUGUAGGACAUGCAAUCAAGUGCACUCCGGAGAGUGCAGAAAAGGGGCGGGAUUGUGUUUUCGUUAUGGCAAAACAGGUCACUACAUCAGGGAUUGCCCAAUGCAAAAUAGGAGCAACCAGACAUUCAUACCGCCACCUCAGAGGAAUGAAGUAUCGGCCCAGGGCAGCAAUCAACGUCCUACUGCGCCUGCUCGAGUCUUUGCACUAACACCUGGAGAAGUUGAGGGUAGGAAUGACGUGAUCACUGGUAUGACUCUUUGGUUUUACUUCAAGGAUUUAUAG